AUGAGGUUUUGCGUUUACGGGUUUCUAUCAUUACUCCUAAUCGUUUCCCCCGUCUCCGCCUGGUUCUUCCCCAACUCCACCACCAUUCCACCCUCUCUCCGCAACACCACACGCGUUUUCUGGGACGCCUUCUCCAACUUCACCGGCUGUCACCACGGCCAAAACGUCGACGGUCUCUCCCGCAUCAAAAAAUACUUCCAACGUUUCGGUUACAUCCCCGAAACAUACACCACCAACAACUUCACAGAUGAUUUCGACGACAUCUUAAAAUCCGCCGUCGAGUUAUACCAAAAGAAUUUCCGGUUAAACGUAACCGGAGAGCUAGACGCGUUAACCAUCAAACACAUCGUGGCUCCCCGUUGCGGCAACCCUGACGUGGUCAACGGCACGUCCGUAAUGCACAACGGAAGAAGAAAAACGUUCGAAGUAUCCUUCUCCCCCGGCGGCAAGGUACCCCGUCUCCACGCGUUCAAACACUACACGCUCUUCCCCGGGGAGCCACGGUGGCCUAGAGACCGCCGCGACUUAACCUACGCCUUCGACCCGAGAAACCCGUUGACCGACGAGGUCAAGAGCGUGUUCGCACGUGCGUUCGGACGCUGGUCCGACGUCACGGCGCUAAAGUUCACCAACCUCGAGUCUUUCACCACCUCAGACAUCACCAUAGGGUUCUACACGGGCGACCACGGCGACGGGGAGCCUUUCGACGGCGUGUUGGGGACGUUGGCUCACGCUUUCUCCCCUCCGAGCGGGAAGUUUCACCUCGACGCCGACGAGAACUGGGUUGUCUCCGGAGACCUAGAGAGUUUCUUGUCCGUCACGGCGGCGGUUGAUCUUGAGUCGGUGGCGGUUCAUGAGAUUGGUCAUCUUCUUGGUUUGGGACAUUCCUCUGUGGAGGAGUCGAUCAUGUAUCCGACGAUCACUACGGGGAAACGGAAAGUUGACUUGACGGAUGAUGACGUGGAAGGGAUACAGUAUUUGUAUGGUGCGAAUCCUAGUUUUAAUGGGACGUCUCCGCCGGCGGCUACCACUACUCGGGAACGAGAUACUGGUAGCUUUGGUGCUGCCGGGAGAAUCGACGGUUCGUCGAGGUUGAUGGUUUUUAGUCUCUUGUUAUCGACCGUUGGAUUUUUCUUUUGUGGUUCUUACCGUAGAUAAAUUACUUUACUUUCAUUUAUUUAGAUUUAUUUUAUUUUUACCUCGUUUCUUAAUUUUUUAGUUAUUAUGUAUACACAGAUUUGCCGUACAAAAAGUAUAUACAGUUACACAGAUAUUCAGCCUAUAAUAUUCAGACAUUGGUUCCUC